UUUUUUUUUCGUGCUUACAAACUCUUUGUGCUUUUUUUUUUUUUUGCUUAAUUAACAAGAUUAAUCAUUUACCCUUUUCUUUUAUCUUGGCAUUGAUAUAGUUUUAUUAGAUAAAAAAAGGUUGUUUUUUGGGGGGGCCUUUUUUUAAUUAUAGAAGUGAUAUUUUUUUUGGUUGUUGUUCUUUUGAUUCUUGAUAAGUUGGGUAGAAAUGAAGUCUUUUUUUUUGGGGGGGGGGGGGGGUGUGGGGGGGGGGGAGUAAAAAUUGUGUAUGGGGUUUGGGUUUUCUUGGUAAUUUUGUUGGCCCUUUUAAUUAUUGAACUGUAUUGGGUUUCUUUAUAGAAGUGCUUUUUUUUUUGAAUUGUUGUUGUGGUUCUUGAUUAGUGUAGUGAAGAAAUGAAGUUUAUUUGGGGACUGGAAAUUGUAUCUGGGGUUUGGGUUUUCUUGGUAAAGUUUGCUACUUUGAAGGAAAUUAUGGUGUUCUAUAGACUCUUUGCUCUUUUUUUUUUUUGUUUUGCCUAAUUUACAAGAUUAAUCAUUUACCCUUUUCUUUAAUCUUGGCAUUGAUACAGUUUUAUUAGGCAAAUGUGAUUUAGUUGGUCUUUUUAAUUGUUGAACUGUAUUGGGUUUGUUUAUAGAUGUUAUGGGGUUUGUUUAUUUUUUGUUAUUUUGAUUCUUGAUAGGUGUAGUUUAGAAAUGAAGUUUUUUGGAGGGAACUAAAAAAAUUUUGGGCUUGGGUUUUCUUGGUAAAGUUGGUUAUUUUGAAGGAAAUAAUGGGUUUUCUUACUAGAGAUUUGAUUCCAAAAAUCUUGAAUUUUAAUUUCCCUAUGUGUAUUUAUUUUUUUAUUUCAAGGAGAAGAGAGUGUGUCAUGUGUGCGUUGGUUGUGUUGUGUGUGUGUGUGUCUCUUUUGAAGUUGCUUGUGAGUUCGAGUCACUAAGGGAGCAAAACGGGUGGGAGCUCCCAUUGAGGGGGUGACACAUUCGGCUCAUCUUGACAUGGCAGGCCAGAGGAAUAACUACGGGAAGAGAAUGCAAUCGGAUUCGGACUAUCCUAGGAGAGAUGGAAGUAAGAGGAGGACUCCAACUGAUGAAAAAGAAUCAAAUACCAUUGGACCAGAGGAUACUGUUUUUCGUUAUUUGUGCCCCACAGGGAAAAUUGGAAGUAUCAUUGGAGUUGGUGGGGACAUUGCAAAACAAUUGAGGACAGAAACUAAUUCAAAGAUUAGGAUUAGUGAGACCAUACCUGGCUGUGACGAGCGUGUGGUAACUGUUUAUAGCGGAAGUGAAGAAACUAAUGUCUGUGAAGAAACCGGUGACCUGAUUUCACCUGCUCAGGAUGCUCUAUUCAAGGUGCAUGACAGGGUCCUUGCUGAAGAGAUGCGUACGGAAGAAGAUGUGGAGGAUCAUCAGCAGAUUACUGUAAGGAUGCUUGUCCCAUCAGAUCAAAUAGGCUGUGUGAUAGGGAAAGGUGGACAAGUGAUCCAGAAUUUGCGAAGUGAAACAGGUACGCAGAUUCGGGUCUUAAGCAGUGAGCACUUGCCACCUUGUGCUCUCAACUCCGACGAGCUUCUCCAGAUAACCGGUGAAGGUUCAGCUGUUAAGAAAGCACUUUAUCAAGUAGCAGCACGCCUCCAUGAUAAUCCAUCACGGUCCCAACAUCAGCUGCUGUCAUCACCCAGCAUAUAUAGGUCUAGUGCGGGACUUGUUAAUCCUCAUGCUGGUACCCAAGUCAUGGGUGUGACAUCAUUGAUGGGUCCUUACGGAAGUUACAAAAGUGAUGGUAGAAGUCGAUCUGCUUCUGUAAGAGAGUUUGCAGUUCGUUUAGUUUGCCCAACUGAAAAUGUAGGAGCUGUAAUUGGCAAAGGUGGAGGCAUUAUCAAACAGCUAAGACAGGAAUCAGGUGCAGCUAUUAAAGUUGAUAGUUCUGCGGCUGAGGGAGAUGAUUGCAUUAUAUUUGUAUCAGCAAAGGAGGCAUAUGAAGAACAAUCCCCUACCAUCGAUGCAACAAUGCGUUUACAAGCAAGAAGUAGUGAGAAAACUGAAAAAGAAUCUGGGGAUGCUAUUCUUACGACUCGCCUGCUUGUACCUAGUUCACGAGUUGGAUGCCUUAUUGGUAAAGGUGGUUCCAUUGUCAAUGAGAUGCGGAAUACCACAAGGGCAAGCAUCCGCAUUCUUUCGAAGGAAAAUCUUCCCAAAGUGGCAUCUGAAGAUGACGAAAUGGUGCAGAUUACUGGAGAUGCUAAUGUUGCUAGCAAUGCGUUAUUGCAAAUACUUAUGCGGUUGAGGGCCAAUACAUUUGAGAUGGAGGGAGCUAUUGCUCCAUUUUCUCCUGGCCUUUCUUAUGUCCCCAUGUCUGCAAGUAUGCCAGAUGGUCCAAGAUAUGCCAACCGUGAUAAUAGAUCACGCCGGCAUGGUUACUCAUCUUAUGCAGGAGGACAUGAUUACAAUGAUUCGUCUCCAACUGAUAGUUAUGGUAGCUCACAGGUUGGUGGUGGAGGUGGUUAUGCACCAUAUGGCGUUUAUUCCUCUGGGCGACCGAAUAGUGCAGGGAUUUCCAACCAUAACCCUUCUGCCUAUGGGAAAUCUUAUGGCUACUAGGUUAUAGAGGGGGUUCUUAGCAGCCAGAGCUAUCAUCUCCGAUGCCUGAUUCCAGCCCAUUGCCCCCUUUGACGAUGCCUCCAGUCUAAGAACAAGACCAGAUGAACAAGAUAGAGAAACUUAUGGCCAUCCUUGCCUUAGUAUUUCUGUUUCUUAGGUGUUACCAGCAUAUAUAUUGUAAUGAAACAAAGCCUCUUGGUCAUUGAAGGCCUUGUACCCAACUAUACCUUUUGCUUUGGUGGAUUUUUGUAGCAGGCGAAACCAUGACAGUUUGAUGUGGUGGUUAUUUAUUUUGUGUGUUCGGUAGAAUUUUUGUGACGUAGUGGUACUUGUUUUGUUUUACUCUUGACCCGUUAUGCUACAGGAUUGAACAUUC